AGUAACGUUAGUAGACAUUUUUUUUCCUCCAACGUGACAAGUAAGUGAAAAGGCUCAAAACAGAAGAUGAUUUUGUUUUAUUGGAAUCACGUGCGAGCCAAUGACGUCAGAGGUUCCAGAUGUUAGCAGCUGUGUAGCUGCACGUUGUUCCACAUUGUGACCUCGACUUGUGCAGAAAGAGUUCCGGGGCGAAGAAGAAUGAGCAACAUGAAGGACAAAGCGAGCCUCCGCCAGCAGAGCUCCGACAACAACUCGGUGAGUAGUAACGAGUGGGACAUGGCGAACGAUGUGUUCGUGUCGGGCUACGACGACGACCCGUUGGAAGCGGAGCCGAGCCCGGACGACCCGGUGGAGCCCGGCAUGGACAGCAGACACCUGCCGCUUGUACCCCAGGACGGCAUGAUGCUCGGCCUGGCCGGGGACGAAUAUCCGGCUUCGUCCUAUCUGGACAUCGAGCCAAACUACGCCGAGAGUGACGGCGGCGUGACCGCCAAGAAACGAAUACGGUCCAACAGCUCCCGGCACCGGGGGGAGAUCGUCACGGAACUGGGCCCGGAGGAGGUGCGGUGGUUCUACAAAGAGGACAAGCGGACCUGGAAGCCGUUCGUCGGACACGACUCUUUAAAAAUCGAGACUGCCUACGAGCAGAACCGGUGUGAUCCGGUCGAGGCCGAGGGCAAAGGAGCCGCCAGGAGCGGGGAGGUCCAGUCCCCGGAGAGGGUGGUGGAUGCGGGCUCCGCUUCGGAGGAGAGGAAGGACCACGGCAGCGUAGAUGCGGUGUGUGUGAGGGGAGGACUUUAUGAAGUGGACAUCCGGGAUAAGGAAUGCUAUCCCGUUUACUGGAACCAACAAGAGCGUAUUCCUGUGAUGAGGGGUCAGUGGUUCACUGAUGGAACAUGGCUUCCUUUGGAGGAGGAUGAGAGUGACAUGAUAGAGCAGGAUCAUCUUGGCCGUUUCCGAGGGCAACAGAUGAGAGAUACUUAUGAAAUGGAGACAGUGGCUACCACAGUGGACAGCAAAGACGCCGUUCACAGUCUGAAGCUGAGCCGGAGCCAUGUUGACUGGCACAGUGUGGACGAGAUGUACCUGUAUAGUGACGCCACCACCUCCAAGAUCGCACGAACCGUCACUCAGAAACUGGGCUUUUCUAAAGCGUCGAGCAGCGGGACACGUCUCCAUAGGGGGUAUGUGGAGGAAGCAGCGCCCGAGGACACGCCACCUGAAACCACCCACCUUGUGUUUGUGGUGCAUGGCAUCGGCCAGAAGAUGGACCAGGGUCGCAUUAUUAGGAACACCAGCAUGAUGAGAGAUGCCGCAAGAAAGAUGGAGGAGAAACACUUUCCUAAUCGCACCACAGAGCAUGUUGAGUUCCUUCCUGUUGAGUGGAGGUCCAAACUAGCUCUUGAUGGAGACACAGUGGACUCCAUCACUCCUGACAAGUUAAGAGGUCUCAGAGACAUGUUGAACAGCAGCGCCAUGGACAUUAUGUACUAUACCAGUCCACUUUACAGAGAUGAGAUUACCCGAGGUCUGACUCUGGAGCUCAACCGUCUUUACUCGCUCUUCUGCUCGCGAAAUCCAGACUUUGAGAAACACGGGAAGGUGUCCAUUGUCUCACAUUCGUUGGGCUGUGUCAUCACCUUUGACAUCAUGACCGGCUGGGACCCUGUGCGCUUUCAUCAUCUAGAAGUUCCAGACCCAAAAGAAGCCGAGGCUCGCUGGCCGAAUGACGAAGAGCGACACCUUCAGGAGCAGCUCAGACUCACUCGCCUCAGGUUGAGGGACUUGGAGGACCAAUUUCAGGGUCUGCAGACCUUGUCAUGUGUAGCGGUUCCAGCUCUAAAGUUUAAGGUGGAAAAUUUCUUCUGCAUGGGUUCCCCUCUGGCAGUAUUCUUGGCAUUGCGAGGCAUCCGUCCGGGAAGUAAUUGUGUCCAGGACCAUAUACUUCCUACCUCAAUCUGCAAUCGUCUCUUCAACAUAUUUCAUCCUACAGACCCUGUGGCUUACAGACUGGAGCCGCUUAUCUUAAAGCACUACAGUAACAUUGCACCUGUUCAAAUCAAUUGGUACAACACCGCGAGUCCCACGCCGUACGAUCAAAUCCGUCCCACGCUUCUUAACUCCAACAAGGACACAACAACUAUAUCAGAUUCAGACAAUCUUCCCAGCCCCUGCACCUCUCCACCCCAGGUCCGCCGUCACUAUGGAGAGUCCAUCACCAACCUUGGCAAGGCCAGCAUCAUGGGGGCUGCGAGUCUUGGAAAGGGCAUUGGGGGAAUCCUGUUCUCCCGCUUUUCUCGAUCCAGCGGACAGGUGGGCGCAGUCGAGGAGGAGCCGUCAGAUAUUGAGGGUGGAGCCAUUGAAGGCGAAAACGCAACUUCAGAAGAGAAGUCAAUGGUGGGCGAAAGUGAUGAAAAGGAAAAACCAGCAGAGGAGGAGCGCAGGGAGGUGGAGCAGGCCAUGUCGCAAUCCACUUCAGUAGUCAUUGACCACACUUCAUUGGAACUGGAACGGCGCAUUGACUUUGAGCUACGCGAGGGCUUAGUGGAGAGCCGCUAUUGGUCAGCUGUGACGUCACACACGGCCUAUUGGUGCUCUUAUGAUGUGGCGCUCUUCCUCCUCACUUUUAUGUACCGACCUCAGGAGCCUCAUGACACUGCAGAGGACAACACAGACUCCUUAUAGCACACAUGUACAAAUGGCACGUCCUGUUCGUUCACUUUCUAUUUCCAAAGUUUUUCAUUACAAAAUGAUUGCUGCCAAAAAUAGUUAAAAGAUAAAUGCUACUUUAUGUACUAUUUCUAGUGUGAAAUGUUAAUAUACUAUACAUCUUAAUUUGAUUGUACAUACUCCACUUCAACAUUGCUACUUAAAUGCAGUUUGACAUAAUUUAACAGGCUUCAUACUACAUCAAAUGAUAAAGAGGUUUUAAGAGAAAUUAACACAACACCUUUCAUUGAACAGAUGAGCUGUGCCCAAAACGUAGUUUCCUGCGACAACUGCUCACUUGGUGAGAUGUUUGUCAUCAAGUAGCCUGGAUGCCUUUGUUUGCAGAGAAAUGUUGGAUGUGAAUCCAACAACAUCAUCGCUCUGUCACACAUGAAGGUGCAAACGUCCUGCUUUGGGUACAGGAAACUUUCACCGCAUUGAGAGACUGAUAAACGAGGGGCGCGUAACAUCGAAUCUUGGGUGAGUACCCCCUCGCCUCAGCCAGAACAUUGUGACAAUGACCAGAAACAUAUAAGCGAAGGCAUCAAAGGAGUGUCUCAAAAAGGAGCACAUUAGGAUCUUGGCAUUGCCUCGCCAGUGUUUGGACCUUAAUCCCAUUUUUUGGGAUCUUCAACUUUGAAUUGCCAAGGAACAGCCUCUAAAUAUCAGGAUUUCAGGAGUAAACUUAAAGAGGAAUGGACAAAGAGAUUUGUGCAAGCACAAGAAAUGUCUCACCUCUGUGCUUGCCAACAAGUAGUUCGACACCAAGUAGUAAACAAAGUGUUGUACUGGAAUGAAAUACUCCUAAAUAUUUUGCAAACCAUUAAGGGCCAAAAAGGACUAUUCCUUCUUGUGAUUACUGUAACUUGUACAAGUAAAUGUGUCAUCCUGUACAUUUAGCUUAAUGUAUUUUACAUGUUCUCCUUUGCAGGAUUUGUCUGAUAGUUGCCAAUGAAAUGGUAUGUAUAAAUAUGUGUAGGAUAAAGUUGCAUUAGGAAACAUCACACUGGGCGGCUGCCAGGUCAAACCUUAGAGUGUGCCAGUUUAAAAAUUUAACAAACCGCACGGUUGAGGAAAGCCAGCAGCUUAAAAAGUAAGUCAGCUCCAUCAUUUGCCUGACUCCAAUGCACUUUUUCUAAAGCAGGUGGGAAAGUGGUGACUAUCAGUUUUCUGGCAUGUUUGACGUUGGAACUGCCAAAUGCACAGACUUGGUCAAUUAUGAACAACGGUGAAGGUAUUUCAAAAUGGCUCCUCAUAUCCAGUCAGAUCCAUUCUCCUUAAUGUAAUAUGUCUCCAACUUAGAAUUUGGUACUUCCUGUCAGAGGCAAACCUGUAGCAGUCAUGUACACACCCAGCUGUGAAACCAGCAAAGCAACAUAUGUAUUACCACUGCCUGUUCCGUACCUGUAAAACUUUAGACCUCUGAGGUACAGGAUAGGGUUGUACACUUGUGUUUACUGUAUAGUUUACCUUAAAAACGCUUCAUUUUUGUAUUUAUUUGUAGUACAACCUCAUGUGUGUGACUGUAGUUGUUUUUUCUUAACACACUGUCUGAAACCAACUAAAAACCUAAACUCCGAGUAUAGAAACAUUUUGUUUUUACAUGUGUGUCAAACUCUUCUUUUAAAGGGGUCACAUUUAAUGAUAUUUUUGUCCACAUUUAAAACACUUGUGGUCUACAUCUAGUGCAAGUAUUCAUAGCGCUUAACUUAUCCACAUUUUAUGUUACAGCCUUAUUCCAAAAUGGGAAAAAAAAUCAAUUGUGUUCAAAAUUCCAUACACAAUACCCCAUAACGACAAUGUUUUUCUUUUUUGCAAAUGUGUUUAAAAUAAAAUAAAAACUAAAAAAAUCACAAAUAUCACAACUUUUGCUCAUUACUUUGUCGAUGCACCUUUGGCAGCAAUUACAGCCUUAAGUCUUUUAGGAUAAGAUGCCACAAGCUUGGCACACCUGUCUUUGGGCAGUUUCUCCUAUUCCUCUUUGCAGCACCUCUCAAGCUCCAUCAGGUUGGAUUAAAGGCAUUAGUUUUCAUCCAGGAUGUCUCUGUACAUUGCUGCAUUGACCCAAAAGGCGGCUCGGAGUAAUUCAGGCAGGAUACUAAUGUGUAUUUCUGGUCUUGUCAUCCUCGUCCGGACAGAAAGGUGACACAGCAGUGCGGCUGGAUCAAAAGAGACGUCGGAGACGCUUUACUGAACUAAAAGUUGCUUUAUUACAAGCCAGCGUCAUUAUACAGGACUGCAGUACCUGGAGGAGGUCAAGUCAAAAAUGAGACACUCCUAACUUGGAGGAUCUGAACGACAGUCUUAUAUUCCUUCUUUCUCUGUCUGGGUGUGUGUUAAUUCAGGAGAGUACAACCUGACCAUGUAAGGAGAUGUUUGUGUGUAAGUGACUGGGAAGACAACAGAUGUAUACCAUAACUUGUACGUUGACGGUAGAUAAACAUGGAGUCUCUCCUCCAGGAUAGAGCUAUAACUUUUGCAUUCCGAAGCCUGGUUUUAUUGCUUCUUCUCGUGAGAGAGCUAAUUCCAGUCCACAUGCGAAUGUCCAAAUAAGGCUCCUUAUUUUAUUAUGGGCUCAACCACUAUUUACUUAAACCUGGUGGUUCGCUUUCUCCAAGUUGAAUAUAGACAUUCACCAUAUG